UUCACACCGCAACUACGGGACGCAGGUGGAAACGAAAGAGCAGACGCGUUAGCAAAGGAAGCAGCCAAAGAAGAGCCAAACUCUACAACAGCAAGCCUCGCCUUUCUAGGCACAGAGACAAGACUACUACAGCUAAGAGAUCAAAGCCAAGAGUGGCAUAAAUAUAGAGAAAGAGCCAUCCAGGAAAACAAGCAUACCUACUCUGCUAGAUUUCCCCUUGCUUACCCUAAGGCAAUCCAAAUCCCAAGAGGUACACCAAGGGAAAUCUCUAGCGCCUUCUUCUCUCUCAAGCUAGGCCACGGAUACUUUAACGCCUACCUAGAGAGAGUGAAAAAGAGAAACUCAAACCUCUGCGAUUGUGGGAGAGUACAGACACCAGAUCACCUUCUCCUAUACUGC